GGUUUUUUGUUUGUUUUUUUUUGCGGAUAUACAGAUUUGGUCACAAUGUGGCAACAUCGAACAGCGAGCUCAAUAUUUAUUUUUCUGAUUUUCGCCAUUUCUACGUAAUUAUUUGUCAUUCAGCAAAGUGAGCAUUAGCAUUCAGUCAUGGAGGAGACAGCAGAGGAGAUGCUAGCAAAGCAGCACCGUAAGGAAAAGAAGGACCUGCAAGCUAAAAUCCAGAGUAUGAAAAAUGCAGUCCCCAAAAAUGACAAGAAAAGGAGGAAAGUGUUGACGGAGGAGAUUUCCAAACUAGAAGCUGAACUCAGCCAGAAACACGAGGAGGAAGUCCGGCUGCUCAGAUCCACUGACACAAAGGAGGUGGAGGAGAUGGUAAAUGGAGUUGAGACCAUGACAUUGGAGGGUGGAGAACAAGAAGAGCUCAAGCAACCACGUGUAAGCAAAGCCCAGAAACGAAGGGACAAGAAGGCUGCUCAAGAGAAGGAGCGAGAGAGCAGGAUCGCUGAGGCUGAAGCACAGAACCUUCUGGGUGUGAGGCACCAGGAGAGUUUGAAGCUGGCCCAAAUACUCGCCCAGCAGCAGCUGCAGAUCAAAGACAUCUCGUCUGAUGGUCACUGCAUGUACCGAGCUGUGGAGGAUCAGCUGACACAACGCUCACUGCCUGGUUUAAGCAUGAGUGUGAAAGAACUGCGGUCCCGUACAGCUGAGCACAUGCGGAGCCAUGUUGAUGACUUCCUGCCUUUCCUGACCAACCCCAACACGGGUGACAUGUACACAACAGAGGAGUUUGAGAAGUACUGCAGUGAUGUGGAGCACACAGCAGCUUGGGGUGGACAACUGGAGCUUCGAGCGUUAACCCAAGUUCUUCAUUUACCAAUUGAAGUGAUCCAGGCCGACUCCCCCACUUUAAAAAUUGGGGAGGAAUAUGACGGUGAACCCAUCACUCUUGUCUACAUGCGCCAUGCGUACGGACUGGGAGAGCAUUAUAACUCUGUGACACAUCUAAAGGCCACCAUGGAGGACAGCUGAUUCAGUGUGACAGAGUAUCUGAUCCUCUCACAUCAAGACCCCAUAAGUACAGCCGUCAGUGACCUCCCCCUUCAUCAAAGGCAUUACAGCACCGAGGUCAGGAGAGCGGCGCCGGUCUCAGAUUGGACUUGAAACAAUAACGUUGUAACAUCCGGUGCAGUUAAUCUGUUUAGUUCCUGCAGCGCUUUUUACAGAGUAGACUUUACUUUUAAGAAGACACCUGCAGUUUAAGAUGAUGUUUAAACCUUUGUGGCUGAAGGAUUAAUGCUGUGUUCAGAUGAAUUGAAAUAAGCUUGUAAAACAUCAAUAUAAAGAUAUACCGCACUAAGAGUAUGGAAUUGUCACUCAUUAAUGA